GCUCCCUCAAGGCACAUGCUCACGACGGAUGACAGGCGUGUAACCAACACGGCCUUUCACGAUUGCGACGAUUCACCGGCAUAUGACUCGAUAUUUUUUCCGCAUAUUUUUUCCUCUGUUAAUUUCCCUAUUUGUUCCAGGGUUGACUAUAUUUUGCUUUGUCAAAGGGCGGCACGACUUGAUACCUACUAGAUUUCUGCUCUCAUAUCUGCAUCGAACCGGUGUUCAUAGUGUCAUUUGCCACUUUUUUUUCUGUUCUUGUUUUGCUCUCAUUUUUUUCCCCAACUCUUUCCCGCUCCCAACAUGUUCGUACACAUCUUUGAACGUACGGCAUGUCGCAUUUUGUUCUCAGCUUUGAUUUCACCGCCAGGAUGGAUUCUUAAUGGUUGCUACGACCGGUUGAGUUUUUUUUUUAUUUUUCUUGAUUGUAUUUUGAUUUGCACAAAAGAGAAAAAAAGAAGCAAGAGUGGAAGGCGUUCAAGGAAACCUGGUAUAGAAGAGAGGUCACAUGGCAACGAAUACGGCACAACAUGG